AUGAUGUGGAAAGGCCAGCUGUUGCUGCUGCUGCUGCUCCUGUCAGCGGCCGACGCGCAGUGGGAUCCCUAUGACAGGCUGUCGACAGCGGGGCCGAUCCCGACUCCGAAAGAGGACACGAUUGCUUACUACCCGCCGUUGUCGGGGAACCUCCGCCUGGGAAUCGCGGCGAUGCUGACGAGGCGCGACGGGUGCGGCGCAGCCCGCGUGGUGGCGGCAACCCGCGCGAUCUACGACGUGAACACGCGCAACUCCACAUUCUGCCCAGCCAUUGCCAACCUUGGCUCUGCCGACCUGUUCAAUGAUGUCAUGGACCACGGCGGGUCCAGCGAACGCGCAAUUCUGGCAGGGUUCUAUUUCAACAACAUGGUGGAAAAGUAUGGCUUCGGCCUGUACGGAGAGCCCGUGCACGGCAUCGUUGGUUUCACUACGUCGGGCGCGUCAGCGGCAGGCGCCACCGCCAUGCAGUCGUUGGGGUUGCCUAUGGUUUGCUAUUCCGCCACCAGCCCACUGCUCUCGCUGAGGAACGGCCCUGCGCUCAAGUACCCAAAUUUCUUUCGCGUCUGCCCUGGCGACCAGAACCGAGUAAGGGCUGCUGCGCGCGCCAUGAGGCACAUGGGAUACACCCGCGUGGUGUCAUUUUAUUGUAGAGCGAAGACUACACGCGCAGCAUGUGCAGCUCCUUCGCGAGCACGGCUACUUCUCUGA